GAUAACGAUUAGAAGAUAAGGUAUUCUAAAGGAAUCAAAAUUCUCUCCCAUUCUCAAACUGUAAACAAAACCCAGCUCUCCAUCUGGAAAUAAACAAUUUAAACAUAUACACCCAGAUUUCAUUUAUAUAGCUCUGCCUAUAUGCUUCAGCGUCAAAAGAUAUGUGUUUCUCUGUCUAGACGCAAGCAUUAAACAUAAGGCUGAGAGCUUGGAUGAGAGAUAGGGAGAAACACGGGUCUCCCACAUUCCAAGCGAUCAGUCAAAAUACAUACAGAAAAACGCAUAUUUUUUAUGGGGAAAGAAGAACAGGGAAACCCAGAGCUGUCCGUUUCCAAGGAAACAGCAGACAUGGAGAGGGUUUCCAGCGCAUUGUCCGCUCCAAACCCUUCUUGGUUCACCCCUAAAAGGUUACUUGCUAUCUUUUGCAUCAUAAACUUGUUAAAUUAUGUCGAUCGAGGAGCAAUGGGGAGCAAUGGUGUAAAUGGGAGUCGAAGAUCUUGCACAAAAAGUGGGCAGUGCACAUCUGGUAGUGGAAUUCAGGGAGUUUUUAACUUGAGCAAUUUUGAAGAUGGUGUUCUUUCUUCUGCUUUCAUGGUUGGACUUCUUGUGGCAUCUCCAGUAUUUGCAUCUUUGGUGAAAAUUGUUAAUCCAUUCAGGCUUAUUGGAGUUGGAUUGACAGUUUGGACUUUCGCCACCGCUGGUUGUGGUUUUUCAUUUGAUUUCUGGUCCAUCGCCAUCUGCCGCAUGCUAGUUGGUGUUGGUGAAGCUUCUUUUAUAAGUCUUGCUGCUCCAUACAUUGAUGACAAUGCUCCAGUUGCUCAGAAAACGGCAUGGCUUGCCAUAUUUUACAUGUGUAUACCAGCUGGAGUUGCUGUUGGCUAUGUUUAUGGUGGAUUGGUUGGAGAUCACUUUAGUUGGCGUUUCGCGUUCUUCGGAGAGGCCAUUUUGAUGGCACCAUUUGCUGUUCUAGGUUUUGUCCUGAAACCGUUGCAGAUGAAAGGUUUUUCUCCAGUUGAAUCGAAAAAAGCAUUGACUGGUGUAGAGACAGCUGUCUCAGAAGCUAAAGAUGACUCAAUUGGUAAAGAUGGUGGCAUGCUAUCCGUGAAGGAAGAGCCCAUAGAUCAAAGCUCAAAAGCACCAUCCAAUUCAAAAUGUGGAUGUAUCAAUUUGGAUCAGUUAUCAAGAGUUUUGAAGGAUUUGAAUGUGCUGUUGCUUGACAGGGUUUAUGUCGUAACUAAUCUAGGUUACAUAGCGUACAAUUUUGUCCUGGGUGCAUAUUCAUAUUGGGGGCCCAAAGCUGGUUAUAGCAUAUAUCACAUGAAAAAUGCAGAUAUGAUGUUUGGUGGGGUUACAUUGCUUUGUGGGAUUUUAGGAACAUUAGCAGGAGGUUUUGUCCUUGACAAAAUUUCGUCCACAAUCUCCAAUGCAUUUAAGCUUCUAUCCGUUGCAACAUUUCUGGGAGCUGCAUUUUGCUUUUCUGCCUUCUGUUUUAAGAGCCUGUAUGCUUUCCUUGCUCUUUUCACACUUGGUCAACUAUUUAUCUUUGCAACUCAGGGUCCUGUUAAUUAUAUAUGUCUCCAUUGCGUCCAACCGAGUAUGAGACCACUUUCUAUGGCCAUGUCUGUUGUCGCCAUUCACAUCUUUGGCGAUGUGCCUUCCUCCCCACUUGUUGGGGUUCUCCAGGAUAACAUUAACGACUGGAGGAAGACUGCUUUGAUCCUUACCUCCAUUCUGUUUCUGGCUGCCAUAAUAUGGUUUAUAGGGAUAUUUCUUCAUGGUGUGGACAGAUUUAAUGAAGACUGCGAGAAUCCAGUAACGAUAGUCGAUAAGUCAAAUAUAACACCGUUGCUUGAUGAGAAAACUGAUGAAAGGACAAACUCUUCUGCCAGAACAUAACUCCUAAACACAACAAGAAGUUGGAAUUCUGAUUGGGCUGACUGGUUUUUUAUGUGUACAUGCUGACAGUCGAUGUUUUACUCAAGUGUAAAUAUUGUUUUCACUGGGUCUAUUUUGUUUUCACACUUGUUAACAGUUUCUCAACACGUUACGAGGUUUUGGUAUUGAUGGUGUCGGAUCAACGGAAGGAAUUUUUGGCGACAUGGGUUUCGACUUGGUGGUUUAUUCAACGCAGUGACGCGCAAUCUCCCCCGUCUGCUAAAACCAAUUUGUUGUAAAUAGUCAAAACAAUAGUAGUUUGUGAAAGGAUGAUGUACACGUUGGUGUUAUGGUCAGCUUGGUGAAUGAUGAAAUAAAUGUCCCUUUCUAGUA